AAAAUGAGAAAAGAGCAUGCAAACAACUUUUAUUUUUAAAAUACAAUUAAUUAAUAGCACGAAGAUCUUCAGCUAAUGGAAUAAAUUUAAAAGGUGUUUUACAAAAAACAGGGAGCUUUAAAAUGAAUUUAUGUAGAGCUCCUAUGGUAACAUAUUUACUAAAGCCAGUUCUUGUACAUUUUACGAAAAGAGACAAGCUAAUAGUAAACAAAAUUAUAACUCACAAACUAUACUGUUUAUUUAAUCCAGUAAAUAGUCUCUCUACAUCUACAAUCAAAAAUAACUUUAGUACCCUGGAAAAUGAAGAAAAUAUUGAACAAAAUAUUCUUUCUUAUAAAGAGCAGAUUAUAUCAAAGUUAAGUUUCCGAUGUAUGGAAGAUGCACAACCAUUUUAUAAAUUACCAAUCAAAACUUUGGUACAUGUUUACAAAGUUUGUAAGAAUGAUGAAAAGGAAGGUCAUUGUAAGAAUAGGCUGUAUUAUAUUUCUAAUAAGUUGAAGUGCCCCCCUUCUGUACUCAGCAAGCAUGUUGCCCAAAGAACAUUUAUUUAUAGUUUGUCUUUUGAUUGGCUUCAAAAGUCUCUUAAUGUACUUCUUGAAAUGGGUGUCAGUAGUGAAAGGCUGUUGAGAGAUUUAUGGGUCCUCAAAUAUAAUGCCAACACAAUUCGAGAAAGACUUCAAAAAGUUAAAAAUAUGGGUGUGGAAAACAUUUACCCAUGGAUGGUGAGAUGUUCUGAAGAUAUUUUGAACAGGUAUGUUGAAAUAAUGCAAGAAACUAAGGAUAUCCUUGGAGAAACUAAGUCUACUCAAAUAUACCUUGCAAAUCGACUGAACACAACAUUAGAAGCUGUAAAUGAAAUGUGUAUAAAAACUCCUGCCCUAAAGACUAUAAGGGUAACCAAAGUCAAGCACUUUUUAGAUUUCCUCAUCAGUGAAGGUUUUACAGUUGAAGAUGUCGCCAGUAAACCUAGAAUAUUAGCAGCGUCGCAGAAAACGAUUAAGAAAAGAAUUGACACAUUACGAGAAUUAGGAGUGCAAGAAAUAAAUAUUAAUUUACUUUGCAGAAGCAAAAAACAUUUCAAUAAAUUCUGCGAAUCUAUUGAGUCUGUUAAAAAAAGUGAGUAAGUAUGUAAAGGGUUUCUAAGUAAGUUCGAAAAAUGUUUUAUUACACAAAUAAAUAAAUUAUUGAAUUUCAAAAA